AUGGACUCCACCGCCCCCACACCGAAAAGAGCCAAAACGGCCGAAGAGCAAGACCAGCAGAUGCCGUCCCCAGCCACGCUCAAAAGGUCUCACGACCGACAGCUUCACGAUGGAUUGUCUGAUGGGUCUCUGGAUACGCUGCUUUCUUUAGGGACAUGUUCUCGAACCCCAUCCCAAUCCGAGACUCCCUUCUCGGCAUCUUCAUCCGGCGUUCCUCGGUCCCGCCUCCUCGAACUUACCGACACCACCUUCGAAAACUCCCCAGCCAUCUCCACGGUCCUGUCCAUCCUCAAAGAUGAGCAAUACACCCUCUCUCGCCUCAUCGCUUCUGCCGGCGCCAAGACCACCCUCAUCUUGUGGCACGUACUUCUGUUUGCAAAGAAGUGGGAAAUGCGGUAUCUCAAAUUUCGUUUGCAAGAGUGGAUCUGCGAGGUAGCUAUUGAGAGCUACAAGGCCAGUAUGACUUUUUUCGAGUUGGCAGCAAUGCUGGCAGAGCCUAUGGAAGAUGCUUAUUCGCUCUGGGGUGUCAAACACGAGCAUGCGCUGGACGCCAUGAAGUGGACGAAAAAGGCUUGGGUAGAAUGGACGCCAGAGUGGCUUUACGCGCUCCAGCACGCCUCAGCUCGAUGGCCGGGGGCGGGGGACAAGCAGAAUCGUGCUGCUGGUUUUAUCAGGCUUCUCCAACAGCAAUCGUCUUGA